CAAGAAGAGAUUAUCAACAAAACAGGGUUAAACACACAGUAUCAAACACUCCUCUUCCUGGAAUAAGCCAAAGACUGUUAACCCUCCUUCUUCUUCCUGCUCUCAAACACAGUGAGCUCCACUCUGUCCACAUGUUUCCUUGUUCCCUCCCCUUCAGAUCUACAGUUUGAAGAUGGGUGGAACCAACAUGUGGUGAAGUGCAAGAGCUGAUAGGAACCAUUCACUGCAGAAACACAUGAUGUUUAGAUCAGAGCUCAAACUAGUUUCAGUUCUCAGAAAGUGAAACUCAGACAGUCAUUGUCACUGAGAGGAGAAAUGGCGCAGAAAGGAGUUCAGCUGGACCAGGAAACCUUCUCCUGUUCGAUCUGUCUGGAUCUACUGAAGGAUCCAGUGACUACUUCCUGUGGACACAGCUACUGCAUGGACUGUAUUAAAACCCACUGGGAUGAAGAGGAAGAUCAGAAGAAAAUUCACAGCUGCCCUCAGUGUAGACAGACCUUCACACCGAGGCCUGUCCUGGUGAAAAACACCAUGUUAGCAGUUUUAGUGGAGGAGCUGAAGAAGACUGGACUCCAAGCUGCUCCUGCUGAUCACUGCUAUGCUGGACCUGAAGAUGUGGCCUGUGAUGUCUGCACUGGAAGGAAACUGAAAGCUGUCAAGUCCUGUUUGGUUUGUCUGGUCUCUUACUGUGAGAAACACCUGCAGCCUCAUUAUGAAUCUCCAUCAUUUGAGAAACAUAAGCUGGUGGACCCCUCCAAGAAGCUCCAGGAGAACAUCUGCUCUCGUCAUGAUGAGGUGAUGAAGAUGUUCUGUCGUACUGAUCAGCAGUGUAUCUGUUAUCUCUGCUCUGUGGAUGAACAUAAAGGCCACGACACAGUCUCAGCUGCAGCAGAAAGGACUGAGAGGCAGAGAGAGCUGGAGCUGAGUCGACUAAAAAUCCAGCAGAGAAUCCAGGACAGAGAGAAAGAUGUGAAGGAGCUUCAACAGGAGGUGGAGGCUAUCAAUCGCUCUGCUGAUAAAACAGUGGAGGACAGUGAGAAGAUGUUCACUGAGCUGAUCCGUCUGAUGGAGAAAAGAAGGUCUGAUGUGAAGCAGCAGAUCAGAUCCCAGCAGAAAACUGAAGUGAGUCGAGUCAAAGAGCUUCAGGAGAAGCUGCAGCAGGAGAUCACUGAGCUGAAGAGGAAAGAUGCUGAGCUGAAGCAGCUCUCACACACAGAGGAUCACAACCAGUUUCUACACAACUACCCCUCACUGUCACAACUCAGUGAAUCUACAGACUCAUCCAGCAUCAUGAUCCGUCCUCUGAGGUACUUUGAGGAUGUGACAGCAGCUGUGUCAGAGCUCAGAGAUAAACUACAGGACGUUCUGACAGAGAAAUGGACAAACAUCUCACUGACAAUGACUGAAGAGGAUGUUUUACUGUCACAACCAGAGCCCAAGACCAGAGUUGAGUUCUUAAGAUAUUCACAGGAAAUCACACUGGAUCCAAACACUGCAAACACACAUCUGUUAUUAUCUGAGGGAAACAGAAGAGCAACAAGAAUGAGUCCACAACAGUCUUAUUCUAGACACCCAGACAGAUUCACUAAAUGGACUCAGGUCCUGAGUAGAGAGAGUCUGACUGGACGUUGUUACUGGGAGGUGGAGUGGAGAGGAGAAGGAGUUUAUGUAGCAGUCGCAUACAAGAAUAUCAAGAGAGCAGGGUUCUCACUCGAAUGCAAUUUUGGACGUAAUGACAAAUCUUGGGCGUUACGUUGUGAAACAAAAAGUUAUGUAGGUUGGUUCAACAAUAUAAAAACUCCAGUCUCAGGUCCUCAGUCCUCCAGAGUAGGAGUGUACCUGGAUCACAGAGCAGGUAUUCUGUCCUUCUACAGCGUCUCUGAAACCAUGACUCUCCUCCACAGAGUCCAGACCACAUUCACUCAGCCUCUCUAUGCUGGACUCUGGUUUGGCUGGUCUGAUGGAGACACUGCUGAGUUCUGUAAACUCAAAUAGAUAGAAGUCAGAUAAAAUCUGUAUUUUAGUUUAUUUAGAAUUAUAUUGUCUCCAUGUUUGUUGCUAAAAGCUCAUUGUUGUGUCAUUUCUACACAGAGAUCACCUGUCAAUCAAUCAAUGAUCGUCAGCUCUUUAUCUUCUCAUUUAUUGUUCUGUUGAUGUUUGAGUUUCUUCAGGUGGAGCUGGAGCCAUGGAGGAUAUCACUGCUCAUGAUGACUUUUCUUUGUCUAAACUGACAUUUUUCAUUUUUCAUUUUUUUUUUUUUUUACAGAUAUUUUGUUCUCAGUGUUUAAAGAAAGAAAUCUAUAAUUACAUUUAAAUUUAUAUUGUUCUUGUUCAAACUUACUUACAAAUAAGGUACUACAAAGUAUUAUAAAACUAUAAUUAUCAUGAUAUUAAUCAAUGAGGAGAUUGUUCAUUAUUUUCUUUUCCAUAUGUGAGAUUCAGGUUAAACAAACUGAUUGUGUGGAUGAAGUGAAUCUGUUCAUGAAAUCACUGAACAAGAGUCAUUUAACAGAUUUUACUGAUUAAAUGUGUGAACAAACUGAAGGUUUACAUCAUGAAUAAAGUUGUUUUUCCUGAUGAACAAAUCAAA